GACGCACUGGCUUCGCUCGCAGCCCGGGCGGGGGGAGGCCCAUCUCGGCGCAGCGCUGCCAGUAAGUCCGGGGGAGGGGAAACGCCUCCCUCCGAGCAGCUGGGCUCCGGGCAGGGUCUGUCCCGGGGCUGGCGGUGGCUGUCCCGGGCCCAGGGCUGCGGACUACACUUCUCCGAUUCUGCUGGUAUUCCCAGUGGGUGUUUUCCUGGAGUUAAAAGAUCAGAUACCACAGUCAUCUAUAGCCAGCAACUUUCUGCCGUGUGUAACAAACGUGCAACAAUCCAAAUACAAUGUCUGCUCCAAGUGGCGUCCCUGUCCCAUCUGCACCACCUUCCUAUGAGGAAACAACAGGAAUCAAUGUGAACUAUCCUCACCCCUAUCCUGUCCCAGAACCUGGCCAGAAACCAGAUGGGAAGGGAAUGAACCCCCCGCCGUACAUGGGACAGCCCGCACCAGUGAGUAACCCUGUUACAGUUCAGACAGUGUACGUGCAGCAACCAGUAGUAUUUUAUGACCGCCCAGUUCAGAUGUGCUGCCCUUCCUGUAACCAGAUGAUAGUGACACGUCUCUCAUAUGAUGCGGGAGCUUUGACUUGGCUGUCAUGUGGUGGCCUCUGCCUGCUGGGGUGUAUAGCUGGCUGCUGCUUAAUUCCUUUCUGCAUUGAUGCCCUAAAGGAUGUGGAUCACACCUGUCCGAACUGCAGUGCUGUUGUUGGUUCUUACAAACGUUUGUAGGCAGUGUUUAAAAAUCAAUAAUUGAUUGAUGAAGUUAGUUAGCACCUCUACAAGCCUGUUCUGAAUCUUCAUGGAGACUUCUGGUUGUUUCUGUGCAUCCUGUCAUUGGAAACCAAUCAAAAGUAAUGUUUGAAUAAGAUUGUUUGAAUAAGAUUGUUUGAAUAAGAAUUUGCUGAGGGGAUUCUGCCUUAGGUCUGUAAAAAGCAUGUGUAAUCUUUAUGGGCCACUCAGUCCAGCACCAGUUGAUAGCAACUAAAUGUUUUCCCUUUCUGCUUUAUGCAAAACAGGUUUGUGAUGUUCUUCAGUUAAUCUUGUCUCAAUCAUGUUGCGCGCUGGUGUGCUUGCUUACAGUCUCAGCACAGACCAAGAGGAGAAUGUCUAUGGAGACUGACUAUAUAGUCUUGUGCUUGGUGUUGAUGAUUUUGCAACAGCACUGUUUACAAACUGGCAGGAGUUGCUUGCCUCUGAGACAGGUGCCUUUCCUUGACAAAAGGAGUGAUUUGUUGGCAUAUUUUCAUGAGCACUAAAAUUCACUUUAAAACUUUGAGUUGAAAGAGAACCAAACCUAAAGGCUUCUUCUUUCUUAGAGGCUUCUUUACCAAAUGGACAGGUCAGGUUAUUGCGCAUCAAUGAUGAAUCAAUCUAAUACCUGAAUUCCCUUGCUGCCAGUUUUAAGUCUAGUCAUAUCUCUGCUCUGCAGUAAAGAUGUUCAUGCAGGAAUUUUUUAUAUUUUUUCAGUGUUUCUUGUUUGGUUGGGGUUUUUUUUACUGCUGAUUUAUAAGUCUGUGAAGUAUUCUCUCCACCCUAGUGGAAAUACCCAUAGAGCCUUAGUUACAACUUCCUUUUACAUUUAUGUAAGUAACUGAUAGAUCAUAAACAAACCUCAGCCUUAUCUUAAGGCUUGAAUUCCACCUGCAAAACACAGAUACAGGACCUGUGCUUUUAAUUGUUGAGCUGUUUGUUAAUUAUUGUUUCUUCAUUAAGAAGGUAACAUGUUUGUUAAGGAGUUUCUUGAUUAUUUAGACUUGUACUCUGAUUUUUCUAAAUGAAAGAGAAGUUCUGUUUUCAGAAACUGGAUAUACUUAAGACAACAAUCACAAAAAAUUAGGGAAUGAGGCUCUGAAGGUUGAAGUAUUUUACCAUGUCAUAAGCAGCAGACUUGGUCCAAAUAACAUUUUGAUGCAUUUGAAUGAUACCUGUCUAGAAAAGGCAGACAGGUAUUUAAACAAGGCUAUGAUGCUAACACUGUAUUAAUCUCUGUAAAUGUAAAUAGCUAAAAUAAAUACAAAUAAAAAUUACUGUAUUUAC